CUCCAAGCUUCCCGUGCUCCGCCCAAGUCUUCGGGGACAUAUCCUGCUGGAUGUUUUUCUGCCGUUUCUUAAAAGCUUGCUAGAGAACGCGUCGAUAAGCGGCCGCGCACCCGCAGCCUCCCCGACGCCGCUCGUCCUCGCGUAUUGACCGCGGGGAUAACGAUAAUUGUAUUGUUGCGUCGCGUCGCGUCGCGUUGCGUCGUGCCCGACGACGACGACAACGGCUACGUGACGACGAGCGCGCGCAAAAUCAGCGUGAGCGUAAUAAUCGUAAAUGCCGACAAUAAUAGACGGCGUACAAAGGGAAUUAGACACCCAUAUACUCGAGCGCGGGAACGGGAGCGGGAGCGGGAACGGGCACGGGCACGGGCACGGGCGCUCACGGCGACGCGCGCGCAUGUGCCUCCCGCGCUCUCCCUCGACACUCUCGCCGGGUUGGCUCCUCUAAUUACAUCGAUCCCCGCCCGUCGCCCGAUUGGUCCAGCAUUCAGAAUCCGCCUCCACCGUGCGGAUUAAAUCUCACGCGAAACAAUCCAGAUCAUCCGCCAGAGAACUGUGACGAAAGGGGCGGGAGACGGGAGGAAGAGGACAUAUACAUGAUCGAGAAUGAUGGGACGACUGGAUGAGAUCCAUGAUGAUGCCGGAUGCUGCAGACGAGGAAUGUUGCUGAUGAAGCUUUGAGCUGCUGUAUCGUUCAACAGCAGGGCUUGCGAGAGCAUGUAAAUUGAGUUCGGAAAGAUCGCGAACCAGGACAUCUUAAAACUAACGCUAUCCGCGUGUUUAUCCAUCUACAAGAAGCAAAACCUUCGGAUGUGCAAACGCGGCCGCACGUGCGACUUCGCACAGGGGCGGCGCAGCGCCGGAUGGAAAUGGAAGGGUGAACGAGGGUGGAGAGACAUCUCCGUGGAAGGGAGUACCUCACGUAUCCCUACCUUGUUCCUUCGCCCUAACCAAAGUACGAGGUGAGAGAAUGGAGGACGGCUAGGUGAUUCAGACGCGCGUGCUGUCCCGCAUCAGAGACCGACGUUCUCUAGCUCGCGAAUUCUGCAUCCUCUAUCCUGAUAGUUGUCUAUAGUUGUGUGAUAACUUUGAUUGUGUGUUGAAAAAUUUGUGAUCCAGUGAAGUUAUUAACGGAAAUCGAUUAAGUGAAAAAUAACAUUUUAAAUAGAAAUAAAAGAAAUAAUUGAUGAAAUGUGUAACAAUUUUGAAAAAGAUGCAUUACGUAUGUCGAUUCUCGACAUUUGAAAACUGUGAAACUUUGUGGAAGUUGGGAGAGAAUUCUAAAGACCUUUUUGGAAUAUUAGAUAUCUGAAAAUUUUAUGACUUUAAUAGCAUUUGCAUGUAAAAAAUCCUAAACUUUCUUUACUUGAAGAAACAUUUAAAAUUUUACAAAGAUUCAAGAGAUUCAUUUGUUUGUUUUUUACAAAUAUUUUACAGGCCUUUCGAGCGAUCCAUCUACGGGAAAAAUUUUUUCUUACAGAAACAUUUUUUUUUCAUCAAUCUAUUCGUUAUUCGAAAAAAAAAUAUUUUCCAAAGAGAGAGUCUUUUCAGAUCGUCCUUUUUAUUUAGAAAAAUCAUUUUUGAAAAUCUUCGAAAACAGUUCUUCUCACUCUCGCUUUUCGUUAGAGAAAAUUUCCGACUAAAGUUUAAAGUUUUUUCGAGAUCUAUGGAUCACUGAAUUUAAAAAUCGUGCCAAAUGUCUGCGAAAAAAACGAGAAGACCUUCAUCGCCGCGACGUUUCUUCGCGCGACUCUACGGUCAUUUGGAGGCGACCAAAAAAACGGAGGAUGACGAGGACGCGCGGGAAAGUUUGGACUCUUCGCCAGAAAUCACGGGGGAGGCCCCUCACGUGUUGUCUGGUUCACUCGAAUCGCGUAAAAUAUUCCAUAUGUCGCAUUCCAAAGAUCCCGAGAAGACAUCGGACAACGCCGCGAGAAGUCAGGUGUUCGAGGAGAAAGGAGCAGAGAAGGAUUCAGUGCUCGCGGGAGUGAGGCUGCCGUUUCUACACGGAUUCUUCCCGAGAGUAUCCGGUGGUCAUCCAUCCUUACACUUGACGCAAGUCGCACAUCCGUCCGUGUUGCCGCCGCAUCUUAACAGUCUGCCUGGCCAUCAUCCCGUGGCUGAACACCACUUCCAAGGAUUUUCAGCGUUUCUGGCACGUAGAAGGAGAAAAGAGGGCCGUCCGCGAAGACAGAGAACGACAUUCAGUGGCGAACAGACCUUGAGAUUGGAAGUCGAAUACCGACGAGGGGAAUAUAUCUCGAGGGGACGUAGGUUCGAGCUCGCGGCCUCCCUUAGACUCACCGAGACGCAAAUCAAGAUCUGGUUCCAAAAUAGGCGCGCCAAAGACAAGAGGAUCGAGAAAGCGCAAUUGGAUCAGCAGUAUCGAAACUUCGCCGUGUCGAACGGCUUGAUGAAUCUGCCGCUCUACAAUGCGACGGGAUUCUGCGGCGUCUGCUUAUACAAGGACACCUACGGAUCGAUAAUCACCAAUCGAGAUCACUCCUGCGUUCCUGGCAAUUCUGUCAUCGUCGCCGAUGAAUCUCUGAAGGAUCAACCGCGUUACAGCAGCAGCGGAAGCGAAACGUCCGAUAAUCCACCGAAUCAUGUGUCCAUGACUUAAUUGAAUCCAACGCGCUUCGUUUAGAAAUACGUCUGACAAUAAGUUUUAAAUUCCUCUUUUUUUUAUUACUCGACAUAAAAGCGUGACUCCAAUGAUCAGCUUUCUGUUCCUGCCAUAUGAGAAAAAAAUAGUAACUGCGAAAAACAGCUUUGACAUCCAUCGAUGAAAAGAUUUUCAUCGUUUCACCAUCUUUCUCUAGAAAAGAAAAAUUGAUUCUUUAUAAACAAACUUUUCAGUUUUUUAAGAAAAUACCUACUUUCAGAGCGAUAAAAAUAAAAAUGCCUUUCUAAAUUUUUUAAUGGAAGUACAUUUUUUAUUUUUAACUACAAAUAUUUAUUUGAUUAAAAUUUCCAGAGUAUUCUCGAAAUAUUAAAAAUUAAAGAUAUAAAAAUUGAAAAAAUGUUUUUUGUCCUCCUGGGUGUAUGUACCUCCUUGAACAAAAUAUAUAUAUUUAUAAUGAUCAAUUUAAUUUCUAGAUAGAUUAUUAAAAAACAAGAAUCUAAAAUUUGAAAUAUCUGUGUUAUUUAAAGAUAUUGCAGUAUUGAGAAUUAGCAUCAUAAUAUCAUAAAGCAUGCAAUACUUUAUAUAAAUUUUUCCAAUAGUUGUUUUAUAUACAAAAUUCAAUUAGAUGUUUCGCGGAUAUUGCUCGAUAACUGAAUAUUUAAUAUAAAGAAAGACAGAUGUACAUUGGAUCUGCUACGAAUAAAUCUAAGCAUAUUUUAAAGUGCUAAUAAAUAUGUAGAUUUUUGAAAAAUUAUCUGAUAAAACUUCUUUACCAAAAUUCUUUUUUUUUUGUAGACGCUCAAUUUUAUAAAAGAUUAUAUAGAAUCACUUGGAUAAGAAUUUCAAUCAAGAAUUGUUUGGAUGGACAAAACUACGCUUUUCAAACAUACAAUCAUCAAUUGACAAAGUAAAAUUAUGGAAUCGACUUACCUUCAGAAGCUUUGUCUUUGCUUCUUAUUGUUCAACGCACUGAAUGUACAUGUAAAAUUAAUUUGGUGAAUAUUUAUAUAAAAUAUUAAAAUAAUAAGUAUCGUUGCAUGUGAAGAAAUUGACUCGGUUACAAUUGGUAGUAGUAACAUGUAAUUAUAUAGUAUGAUAGUUGCUAUUAUUAUUUAUAUAGUAAUUAUAAUAAAAGAUAACAUUUAAUUA